AUGAAGUACGACAUCCCGACCCUCCUGGCUCUCAGCCGGAACGCUCGCAUAGAUGUUGAGAAGUUCAUCUCGCGGCAACUAAUUCCUCUCCCUACGUACACAGACAACCUGAUCCGCCGGCGCAAAGCGAGCUCGAAUGUCUUGACUGAAAUCUCGGUCAACCAUUCGAGAGACGCAUCCAACCACUCCUUGCAGUUUGAGAAACCUCGCACAGGUUCGGGUACCCAGCUAAGACGCCCUUCUCGCCAACCUCACGAUCCACCACAAGGAGUUAUUACUCAGUCCGAUCACGGUUUUACCCGGUUUCUGAAGGAGCACUCCUCCCCCAAGCACCAGCGCGUCACAGCCGGAGGUCGAAUCGUACCGAUGGAUUCUCUCGGUCCUGCUCCAAAGAUGCAACUGCCGGUGGACCAACAGGGCGUCUCGGCUACCCUGUUUCAGAACGAAGCGACAACCAAGGAGCCAGAGAAGAACCCUAACCCAACCACGGAUCUAAAUUCCAACGUCAGCAACUCUUCGACACUAUUCUCAAUUUCUGGAGGCAUUUUCCCAGAGCAUACAAAGUUAUUCAGUGGAAGUGGCACUUUGGCUUCGCAGUUUCAGCUUCCGGGUCUUUUUCCAAGCAUAACGCCGGGCCCUGUCACGCCUGCAAUGCUCCUACAGCCCAAUAUGUCUUUGCCGUCGGGCGGACAGCAUUUUGUUCAUCCAGAGAACCAGUCUUCAGACUGUUUCUCUCUCUUUCCAAACUGCAGUCCAUAUGGGUUGGGAGCAGAGCAGACCAGUUGGUUUCCGAGUGCAAACCAAGGCUUGAACUAUCAUGGCUCCUCCAUUCCCUUCAUGCCAGCGGCAAGUCAGCCUAACUCGUCAAACUCGGGGUCUUCAUCGGAAUUCUCAACAGGCAGUGGCCUUAGCAACGCUACUACUGCGUUCAGUACAAUCUCGACUGGUCUCGAUCCUUUUUACCAGACCACUGGAUUGUUCUUUGGGCCACCAUUUGCUGCACCUCAGACAUCAGCAUUUAAGCAGCCUUUAAAUGUCCCCAACGUCGCCCCAGGAGUACCACAUGGAAAAUCGUUGCAAGAGGCCACCAAAGAGCAUGUAUCUCUUUCCGCAGAGCUUUCUCGUCUCGACAGAUACAUGGCCAUGCACACUUGGGAUCUGGACCCUAACCAGAAGCAACUGUUGGUUGAACAGCGCAUUAAGCUGGUUCGGGACCUGGAUGCUGUGCGGACGUACAAGGAGCAACUGGAGUCAAUAUAUGGGCCGAUGAAGUCGAGCAUGGCAAAGGCACCACAUGUAUCCCCGUCUGACGCACGAAUUCACUCCAGUCGUUGUAAUUCGGGAAAUGUUGCAAAUGGUAGCACUGCAUUACCGAAUCGUGCUUCCGGUCCUACCGGCCACCCUGUUCCGUCAACACAAGGAGCUACCAAGUCUAGAAACACAUCCUCGACAGUCCCAUCGGUUGACCAACAAUCCAGACCAGCAUCCCAACGACAAAAGAAGGAGAACAAGAAUUCGCUCGAAGUCAAGAAGCGUACUUCGACAAAGAAAGAUUCCUCGUACGAAGCCAAACUGCAGAGUCGCCCUAAGGGAGCGAGUAUCAAUCAGAAAUUCGGGCAGCAGGAGACACAGACCAAGCCAGCCUAUCAAAACGACGUGCCUACACUCCUUGGCAAUACUGAUGGAUGGACUACACCUACUAGAUCAGCACCCCCGGAGAUUCGCACGGUCUAUCGCAAAAUCGAGGAAGCCACCAAGCGCGGUGCCCCAUUGGACGGAUUGCUCCAAGAACUUGCUGCAGUCACCGCGCACCUUGUGAAAAAAGCCAGCGAAGAGAGCGACGGAUCGCCUCGCCCGAAGCUGAAGAGGAUGCAAAGAGAAAGUUCACAGGGCCAGACCGAAGGUGAAGCAGACACAGCAAGAGUCUUCCCUCAAGCUACCGGGGGAGGUGAACGACCAACAAGACUUGCGGCAAGGAGACAAUGGGCAUCGGAGGAACAGCCUCGGGCAUCUGCGAAGGUUAUAAUCACAUACGAGACGGAAGACGAUGGGGCAUCAUGGUCGUCCUAUUCCACGACUGAUUCAUGGGCUACCAUGCAAGAAGGAGACAAAGGCCAAGAUGCAUCGAAAAGCGCCGCGAAGACUGGAGGCCAAGUGCAGAAAAAGCUCGAUACUCUUGGAUGGAUCCAGAGUACAAGCCCCGAUCGCAUGGUUCCACAGCAACUUCGCCAGUCUAGCAACUCUAGUUCUGGUAACAGCAAAGCACCGAGUCACACAGAGAGCACGAAACAGAAUCACCAUCCGUUUCUGAAGCAGUAUUUUAGCAAAGACUGUGAAGGCUUAGUCCCACAGAAGUCGGCUGCCCUGGCAACAUCUCAGAAUGUGAAUGCCCACGCUUGUCUUCCUCAAUUCGACGGUGCGGAAGACACACCGAGUGUUUUGACCUUGGGUCCGUGUUCCACGGUGCUCCGACAGUCAUUCCAGCGUAUCAGCGAAAACGACAGAUGA